AAAGUCGACAUAACAAUCAAGAUUGGGAGAAAGAGAAACAGAACCAAUCGCAGAGUCUCCUCUUCAAAUCCACCUGGUUGCUUUUCUUUUCCCUCUUGUUCAUCUUCUUCUUCAGCUUCAGUAUACAGUGGUCCCUGCCCUCGUCGGCGGUGUGGGCUUUUUUUAAUGGUUAAUGACAAACUGGGAAAUACUCUUGAAGCUACUUCGACGAGGCUGGAUCUGACAUCGCUUCCCUGCCCUUUGCUUUCUUCUGCUUCCUCCGUUUCUGGUUGAAAAUGUCUUCUUCGAGGCCAGGCCACUCCUCCACCAAUUCAGGGAGGUCAAGACACAGUGCCAGGAUUAUUGCUCAAACCACUGUAGAUGCAAAACUUCAUGCAGAUUUUGAAGAAUCUGGUAGUUCGUUUGAUUACUCAAACUCAGUGCGCGUUACCAGCUCAGUUGAAGGAGACCAGCAGCCAAGAUCCGACAAAGUUACAACUGCUUAUCUCCAUCACAUACAGAAAGGCAAGCUGAUCCAGCCAUUCGGUUGCUUGCUAGCCUUGGAUGAGAAAACUUUCAAGGUCAUUGCAUAUAGCGAGAAUGCUCCGGAACUGUUGACAAUGGUUAGUCAUGCAGUUCCUAGUGUCGGAGACCACCCAGUUCUUGGCAUUGGAAGCGACAUAAGGACUAUUUUUACUGCCCCUAGUGCCUCUGCAUUGCAAAAGGCACUGGGAUUUGCUGACGUUUCUCUUCUGAACCCUGUUCUGGUGCACUGCAAGACUUCUGGAAAGCCUUUCUAUGCAAUUGUCCAUCGGGUGACAGGGAGCUUGAUUGUUGACUUUGAACCUGUGAAACCCUAUGAAGUACCAAUGACUGCUGCUGGUGCCCUGCAGUCAUACAAGCUUGCGGCAAAAGCAAUCACUCGAUUGCAAUCUUUACCUAGUGGGAGUAUGGAAAGGCUUUGUGAUACAAUGGUUCAGGAGGUUUUUGAACUCACUGGAUAUGACAGGGUGAUGGCCUAUAAAUUUCAUGAUGAUGAUCAUGGUGAAGUGGUUUCUGAGAUUACAAAGCCAGGCUUGGAGCCAUAUUUAGGUUUGCAUUAUCCAGCCACUGAUAUCCCCCAGGCAGCUCGCUUCUUGUUCAUGAAGAAUAAGGUCCGGAUGAUUGUUGAUUGUCAUGCAAAACAUGUCAAGGUGCUUCAGGAUGAAAAGCUUCCAUUUGAUCUAACCUUGUGCGGUUCAACACUAAGAGCUCCACAUAGUUGCCAUUUACAGUAUAUGGAAAACAUGAAUUCCAUUGCAUCUCUGGUAAUGGCAGUUGUGGUUAAUGAGGGAGAUGAGGAGAGUGAUGGUCCUAAUUCUGCACAAAUGCAAAAGAGAAAGAGACUCUGGGGUUUAGUAGUCUGCCAUAACACAAGUCCGAGGUUUGUCCCAUUCCCUCUCAGGUAUGCCUGUGAGUUUCUAGUUCAAGUCUUUGCCAUACAUGUCAAUAAGGAAUUAGAGUUGGAGAAUCAAAUUACUGAGAAGAAUAUUUUGCGUACACAGACCCUCUUGUGUGAUAUGCUGAUGAGGGAUGCACCUUUGGGUAUUGUAUCGCAGAGUCCAAACAUAAUGGAUCUUGUAAAAUGUGAUGGUGCUGCCCUAUUGUACAAAAACAAAAUAUGGAGGUUAGGAAUAACUCCAAGUGACUUGCAGCUGAAUGAGAUAGCUUCGUGGCUUUCUGACUACCAUAUGGAUUCCACUGGCUUGAGUACAGAUAGCUUGUAUGAUGCCGGGUUCCCAGGUGCUCUUGCCCUAGGUGAUGUUGUAUGUGGAAUGGCUGCGGUGAGGAUAACUUCCAAGGACAUGAUUUUUUGGUUUCGAUCUCAUACUGCAGCAGAAAUUAGAUGGGGUGGGGCAAAACAUGAACCUGGUGAAAAAGAUGAUGGUCGGAAGAUGCACCCAAGGUCAUCAUUCAAGGCUUUCCUUGAAGUUGUCAAGACAAGGAGUUUACCUUGGAAGGACUAUGAAAUGGAUGCUAUCCAUUCUUUGCAGCUUAUACUGAGGAAUGCUUUUAAAGAUAGUGAAACUGUGGAUGUAAAUGCCAAAACAAUUCAUUCAAAGCUUGGAGACCUCAAAUUAGAAGGAAUGCAAGAACUAGAAGCUGUGACAAGUGAGAUGGUCCGUCUAAUUGAAACAGCCACUGUUCCCAUUUUAGCAGUUGACAUUGAUGGCCUUGUUAAUGGAUGGAAUAGUAAAAUUGCUGACUUAACUGGGCUUCCUGUUGAUAGAGCAAUUGGAAAGCAUUUACUCACGCAUGUGGAAGAUUCUUCAGUUGACACAGUAAAAAAGAUGUUACACAUGGCACUGCAAGGCAAAGAGGAACAGAAUGUCCAAUUUCAGAUCAAGACACAUGGAUCCAGAAUUGAUGAAGGCCCUAUCAGUUUAGUAGUAAAUGCUUGUGCAAGCAGGGACCUUCAUGAGAAUGUCGUGGGGGUGUGUUUUGUGGCCCAAGAUAUCACUGGUCAGAAGACUGUCAUGGAUAAGUUCACUAGGAUUGAAGGUGAUUACAAAGCCAUUGUGCAGAAUCCAAACCCUUUGAUCCCCCCCAUUUUUGGUACAGAUGAAUUUGGUUGGUGCUCUGAGUGGAACCCAGCAAUGACAAAGUUAACUGGUUGGAAGCGAGAAGAAGUAGUAGACAAGAUGAUUUUGGGGGAGGUUUUUGGGAUUCAGAUGGCAUGUUGCCGUCUUAAGAAUCAGGAGGCUUUUGUAAAUCUUGGUGUUGUGCUUAAUAAUGCAAUGGCUGGUCAGGAAGCAGAGAAGGUUUCUUUUGGUUUUUUUACAAGAGGUGGAAAGUAUGUGGAAUGCUUGUUGUGUGUAAAUAAGAAAUUGGAUAGGGAGGGUGCAGUCACCGGUGUCUUUUGCUUCCUGCAGCUUGCAAGCCAAGAGCUGCAACAUGCACUCCAUGUCCAGCGCUUGUCAGAGCAGACUGCUAUGAAGAGAUUGAAAGCCUUAGGUUAUAUAAAAAGACAGAUCAGGAAUCCGGUAUCUGGGAUCAUAUUUUCUAGAAAAAUGAUGGAGGGCACUGAAUUGGGCCCAGAACAAAGACGGCUUCUUCAUACCAGUGCUCAGUGUCAGCGCCAGCUCAACAAGAUACUUGAUGACUCAGAUCUUGAUAGCAUUAUUGAAGGGUAUGACCAAAUCCUUUCUUUAAAGACAAAUUCCUGGUCGAUUUACAUCAAACAAUUUUAUGCACUUAUUUGGAAAACUACCUGUUAGCAUGUUCGCAUUAGC